AUGUCUACUGAGAAACCGUCGAUAGGCUUUGUCGGCCUUGGUCUUAUGGGCUUUGGCAUGGCCACCCAUCUCAUCAAAUCAGGAUAUCUCGUCAAGGGAUAUGAUAUCUCAGGUCCAACCAUGGCUCGCUUCAAGGCUGCGGCGGGGCAGAUCGCCUCGUCUGCUGGGGAUGCUGCCAGCGGGAAUCUGUUCUGCGUCUGCAUGGUUGCUACCGCAGCCCAGGCGCAGGCUGCGAUUUUUGACCAUGAAAAUGCCAUUGCAAAAGCUCUCCCCAAGGGCGCCACCCUCGUCCUAUCUUCCACCGUCCCCGCCGUCUCCGCCCAGUCAUUCCGUGAUCAACUGGUAGCCAUUGGCCGCGAGGACGUCUACUUUAUUGAUGCACCAGUGUCAGGCGGGGCUAGAAAGGCUGGAGAGGGCGCCCUGUCCAUCAUGGCUAGCGCCUCGGACGCGGCGCUGGAAAAAGGCAAAUUCCUCCUUGCAGAGAUGGCCGAUACUAAUAAGCUAUACAUCGUCCCGGGCGGGAUUGGUGCGGGCAGCAAUAUGAAAAUGGUCCACCAGGUUCUUGCUGCUAUCCACAUUCUUGCUGCGAGUGAAGUUAUGGGCCUUGCAGCCAUGCUAGGACUCAAUGCUAAAGAGGCUGGUGAGGCGCUUACGUCCUCUGAUGCGUGGAGUUUUAUGCAUGAGACUCGCUGCGAGCGCAUGCUGGUGGAAGAUUACUUUCCUGGCUCAAGCGCGAUAACGACUAUUCUGAAAGACGCGGGUAUCGUCACCGCGGCCGCUCGUCUUCACAACUUCCCUACCCCACUCUGCAGCAUCGCCGAGCAAAUCUUCCUCACCGCCCUUCCCCUAGGUUUUGGCGGGGACGAUGAUGCCAGCGCCAUCCGCCUCUACUACCGAGGCCCUCUCAUUAAAGUCGAGCCAAAAGCGUCCCUAAACCCUCAGACCAACGCCACGGCUCUAAAGAGAGUUGUCGACCUGCUCACUAACAUUCACCUCGUCGCCGCCGCUGAAGCUAUUGCUUUCGCCCGCUUUCUCAAGGUAGAUAUGCCGUUAUUCUACGACGUUGUCAAUGCGGCCGCGGCCGGUAGCACGAUGUUCAGAGUCCGUGGGGCGGAGAUGUUGACCGGGCUGAAGGAUGCCGGGAGCAGUAAGAGCAAUAAAACAGUCAACGAAGCAGCAGAGGAGCUUGCUGCGGCGGUGCAGGCGGCAAGAGAUGUCAAUUGCCCGCUUCAUUUGGGGAAUGGGGCGCUAAAUUUGCUGCAUUUUGCGCAGAAUCAAGGACUGGGUGACAAGGCUGACACUUUUGUACUGAGGGUUUAUGAGAAUGAAACGUGA